GGAAAGGGAGGAGGUAAACCCCUGGGGGCAGGGUGGGGAAAAGGGCUCUUCGGGGUUAAAAGGGAGGGCCUGAAAGGGGUCCCUGGGCGGAGGAUUACCGGCGGCCCACACGGCAGGACUGAGGCACUUCCCCUCCACGACUCCCAGCCUAGGUCCUGGCCAUGAGACCCUCACACCUCCACCUCUCCGCCGCCUCCGGCCCUUGGGGCCUCGAGAACCUUCUGCUGCCGCUACUGAUGGCGCAACUCUGGGUCGCGGAGGCUCUGCAGCUCCCCGGAAACGACACGCACUCGCUCUCCGUGGCCUCCAGCGCCCCUUGCCCUUAUAGGUCGCAGCCCUGGCAGGUGUCCCUCUUCAAUGGCUUCUGGUUCCACUGCGCCGGCGUCUUGGUGGACAGGAGUUGGGUGCUCACGGCUGCGCACUGCGGGAAAAAUAAGCCUCUGUGGGCUCGAGUUGGGGAUGACCACCUGCUGCUUCCCCAGGGAGAGCAGAUCCGCAGGACCUCUCUUCCUAUUAUCCACCCCAAGUACAAGGGCUCGGGCCCCAUCCUGCCCAGGCGAACAGAUGAGCAUGACCUCAUGCUGCUGCAUCUGGCCAUGCCCGUUGUGCUGGGGCCUCGAAUCCAUCCUCUACGCCUGCCCUACCGCUGUGCCCAGCCCGGAGACCAGUGCCAGGUCGCCGGCUGGGGCACCACAGCCUCCCGAAGAGUGAAGUACAAGCGCCUGAGUUGCUCCCGUGUCUCUAUCCUGAGCCCUGAGGAGUGUGACGUCUUCUAUCCUGGCGUGGUCACCAACAACAUGAUAUGUGCAGGACUCAGCAAGGGUCAGGACCCCUGCCUGAGUGACUCAGGUGGCCCUCUGGUCUGUGAUGAGACCCUUCAGGGCAUCCUUUCAUGGGGAGUUUACCCCUGCGGCUCUGCUCAGCGUCCAGCUGUCUACACUGAGAUCUGCAAAUACCGCGACUGGAUAGAGAAAACCAUCGGCUCCAAGUGACCCAAAGGCCCUGCAACUGCUUCGCCAUCUGCCCUCUUCCUCCUUCCUCCCCUCCUUCCCCCGCAGACAGCUGGACUCUCCCCCUGCCCCACUCAAACUUCUGUCACCCAUCCACACCUAUUAACAUCUCUCGUCUUCCCUCAUGCCUCCUGCCCACUGCUGUUCUCUGCCCGCGUUGAAGCCAAGAUGCAGAACGUGGUGGCAAAGUUUUGUUCAUGAGAAACGAGGAAGCCGGUGGUCACUAGUCUCUGAGAGAAGUUAUCAAUCACCCAACCUGGCUUCCUCCACCACUCCCUGAUGUGUGACCUUGGGCAAGCCAAGCGUCUUCUCUGAGCCUCAGUUUCCUCACCUGGAAAAUGGGAACAAUGAAGUGUGUACCUCAUAAACGUGUUAUGAAGAGACUAUAACGUGUGUAGAUUGUUAUGGUCAUUGUCAUGCAAAGUACUAACACGGUGGGUAGUGAGUUCUGAUUAAAUGGCAACAGGUC